UGCGCGCAGCGCUGGUGGCGCGUGCGCGCAGCGCUGGUGGCCAAGCGCUUGUCCUUCGAGGAGCGGUCCAUCGACAUCGUGAAACAGAAGCAACAGCAGACUGAGAGCUACCGCGCCAUCUGCCCGUCGCAGAAGGUCCCGGCUCUUGUCAUAGAUGGUGUGACGCUAAUAGAGUCCAUGGCCAUGCUGCAGUACUUGGAAGACACCCGCCCGCAGCCGAGCCUGGCGCCCGCCACUCCGCUGCUCAGGGCCCGAAUGAGAGAGAUUGUUGAGACAGUAGUUGCUGGCAUUCAGCCGCUACAAAACGUCGGGCUCCGAGAUUCGUUCGGGAAUGAGGCGCAGUAUACGAAGUUCGGCCGUCACUGGACCGCGCGCGGUCUCGAGACGCUGGAAGAGCUGUUGGCAAGAACCGCGCGAGACCGCAUGUACUGCGUCGGCGACCAGCUCACCUAUGCCGACAUCUGUCUCGUGCCUCAAGUCUACAACGCCAUUGGAAGGCACAAGAUAAACAUCAAUACAUAUCCAACGGUCGCAAAACUUUACGAAGCACUUCUCAAAGACAACGUGUUUGCGGUCACACACCCCGAAAAAGUAAAAGUUAAAGCGUAUCGCAUUUAA